GCUCUGCGGCGGGGCGGGGCCGGUGGCCCGCAGUUCCCCGGCGGUCGCCAUGGCGGGCGCGGCGCUGGGCGGGCUGUGCGGCGGGCUGCUUGACUACAAGACGGCGAAGUUCGUGCUGACGCGGAACCGGCGGGUCGGGCUGCUGCACCGCCUGCUCCAGCUCGGCGUGCUGGGCUACCUACUCGGGUGGGUGCUGCUGGUGCGGAAGGGCUACCAGGACACCGACCGUGCCCCCCGCGCCGCCAUUGUCACCAAGCUGAAGGGGGCGGCGGUCGCCGCGGCGGGGGGCGCGGGCCGGCGGCUGUGGGACGCGGCGGACUACGGCCGGCCUCCGCAGGGAGCAAACGUGCUUUUUCUGGUGACUAACUUCAUCGCCACGGCGAGGCAAGCCCAGGGCAGCUGUGCCGAGAGCCCCUCUGUUCUUGAUGCGAAGUGCACAGAAGACGCAGACUGUCCCAUGGGAAACCCAGUGGUUCAUGGCAACGGGAUAAAAACUGGGAAAUGUGUGAUGUUCAACACCACCCAUUCCACCUGUGAGAUCUAUGGCUGGUGUCCCGUGGAGAACAACACCCUGCCCAGGAAACCUCUUCUGGCUGAGGCGGAAAAUUUCACUCUUUUUAUAAAAAAUACUGUCCACUUCACCAAAUUUAACUUCUCCAAGUGCAAUACUUUGCAAACCAAUGACCCCACCUAUUUCAAGAGCUGCACGUACGAUCCGUUCUUCAACCCGUCCUGCCCCGUCUUCCGUGUCCGUGACAUGGUGGAGGCAACUGGAGAGACCUUUGGGGACCUCGCGCUGCUGGGGGGGAGCAUAGGAGUUCACAUCAAGUGGGACUGCGACCUGGAUCACCCCGCUGCCCGGUGCCAGCCGCAGUACUCCUUCAGCCUGCAGGACAGGAGGUACAAUUUUAGAACUGCCUCGUACUACUGGGACUCCCAGCGGCAGCUCUACCGGAACCUGCUGAAGCUCUACGGCAUCCGCUUCGACAUCUCUGUGCACGGCCAGCACCUCCCUGGCUUUGAGCACGCUGCCCAGCCUGUCCCACAGCCCUCUCACUGCUCUGCACCUGCUGUUCCUCACCAGGCUGGGAAGUUCAGCAUAAUUCCUACUGCCGUCAGCUUCGGCACAGGCAUCGCGUUCUUCGGUGCUGCCACGGUGGUCUGUGACCUGGUUCUGCUCUACCUGGAUGCGAAGGCUGACUUCUAUCGGAAGGAGAAGUUUGAGGAGGCAAAACCCCCUAAAGGUAAGACCGAGGCUGCAGCAUAGGGACAUCGGGAAUGCUCCGCCACAAGCACCCCUCACUCCAGAGCAACCUCCAGGUGGAUGCGAUGGGGACACGGCUGCAGCCCAGGUGGAGGUGGCCCGGUUCUCCUGGCCCAAGUGUGCGCUGCUGCAGUUAGGGUCUGCCUUUCCUGCAGAAACACUUGCAUCGGCAGAAGUUCUCGGCUCCUGGAGCACAAAGCUAUCCCAUGUGCAGCUCCCAGCACUGAGCAGAGCCGUGCUGUGGAGCUGCUGCAGGAGCUAGAGCUUGCCGGGAAGCGGCUGGCUCACGCUUGGCACAAGGGGCUUAAAGCACUUUGCGCUUCUCCACGUUCCACACGGCCACAGGGCUUGAUUUCCCAUGAAAAACAGGGAUGCAAUGAAAUAAAGCUGUUCAGA